UCCCGGAAGCCGUGCCUCGUCUGCUCCACGUGUGCUGGCCAGGCUGGGCAAAGCAGCCGCAGGCUGAGCUCCGUCCGGGCGGUUCCCGGGACUGUGGGGGCGUCCCGCCCUCGGCCUCUUUCCAUGCCCCCCGCCCGGGCCUCCCCUCGCUGCCCCUGGCCCGUCCCUUCCCUCGCAGCCCCAUGGCAGCCCAGCAGCUGGAGCAGAUCCUGGCGCUGUUGCUACAGCCAGACAAUGCCGUCAUCCAACAGGCGACGGCUCAGCUGAAGGAAGUCCUGAAGGAGCCGGCGGCUCUUUCCCAUCUCUGCUACGUCAUGACACAUUCACAAGAUCCUCAGAUCCAGCAAUUUGCCGCCGUGCUGCUCCGACGGCGGCUGAGCAAACACUGGAAGAAAAUUGGCGCAGCAGAUCAAGAUAUGCUCAAGUCCCUGGUGCUCAGCAGCUUCCACCAGCAGAAAGACCAUAAAGUCUCCCUGGGCUUAGCCCAGCUGGCGGCCGGGAUCCUGAAGAACGAGACCUUGGAGAAGUGGCCUCAGAUGCUCCAGAGCAUUCAGCACGGGGCUCGCUCCCGAGACCCCCACAAGUGCCAGAUGGCGUUGCUGCUGCUGCAGUCCGCCCUGGAUCUGGACCCCGACCAAUUCUCCCCGUACUACAAGGACCUCCUGCGCCUCUUCCAUCAGACCCUCAACAACCGGAGUCAGCCGGCCGUCCUCUACUAUUCCCUCCGGAGUUUGAGCGCCGUGGUUGGCGGCCUGAGUUCCGACGAAGUGACGCUCAUGUCUUCCAUGAUGCCCAAAGUGAUAGCAGCCAUCCGAGAACUCAUCCACGUGAACGAGGUCCAGGCAAGUGAAGCGAUGGAAGUUUUUGACGAACUCCUGGAGACCGAAGUUGCCAUCGUGGUCCAGCAUCUCUCGGAAGUCGUGAACUUCUGCCUGGAGGUGGCCUCCAAUCAGCAGCUGAGCGACGGCCUGCGGGUGAAGGCCCUCUCCUGCGUCAGCUACCUCAUCAAGCUGAAGAGCAAGGCCAUCCUGAAGCACAAGCUCCUCUCGCCCAUCCUGAGCACCCUCUUCCCCAUCAUGAGCGCAGAGCCUCCCCCGGGACAGAUGGAUACGGAGGACGAGUUGACCGAAGAGGAAAUCGAAGACCACGCAGAAGUCCAGACGCCCAAACACUUCGCGGUCCAGGUGAUUGAUAUGCUGGCGCUGUAUCUCCCCCCUGAAAAGCUUUUCCCCCAGCUGACCCCUCUAAUGGAACCGGCGCUUUUGAGCCCCAACCCAUACCACCGGAAGGCCGGGCUCAUGUGUUUGGCGGUGCUGGCCGAAGGCUGUGGAGAUCACAUCCGUAACAAGCAUCUUCAGCCCAUGCUCCAGGUGGUGUGCCGCGCAUUGGCAGACGAGAGUCAGGUGGUACGCAACGCUGCGCUGUUCGCCUUGGGCCAGUUCUCCGAGAAUCUGCAGCCGGACAUUGCUCGUUUUUCGGAUGAAAUUAUGCCCCUCCUGCUGCGCUACCUGGAGGGGGUUCAGCUGGCCCACACCACCCACCUGGCGAAGGCCUACUACGCUCUGGAGAACUUCGUGGAGAAUCUGGAAGAUAAGAUUGAACCCUACCUGCCAGCUUUGAUGGAGAGGAUGCUCAACACCUUGACCUCCCCUGGAACUCCCCGCACCAAGGAGCUGGCGGUGAGCGCCAUCGGAGCCAUUGCCCAAGCGGCCAAGGAGUCCCUUCUGCCAUAUUUCCAAGCCAUCAUGGAGCACCUGACCAGUUACAUGCUGACCACCCGGGAGGACCUCCGCCCCGUCCAGAUACAAUCUGUCGAGACAAUGGCCAUCCUCGCCAACGUCCUGGAUAACGACAUCUUUCGGCCACUUUCCGAGAAGUGUUGUCAGCUUGGAUUGGACCUCUGUGACAGAGUAGACGACCCGGACUUGCGACGAUGCACGUACAGCCUUUUCAGCUCUCUCGCGAAUGUCAUGGGGGAUUCGAUCAUCCCGUUCCUGCCUCGGAUAACGACGCUCCUGAUUUAUUCCCUCAAAUCCACCGAGGGCGUCAAGCCGCCCCUCAAUUCGGGAAACUCCUUCCUAUUAUUUGACGACGAGGAAGAGGAGGCAGAGGUGGAAGGAGAGGAAACUCUCACCGACGAGGAAGACGAGGAAGACUCCGACCCCGUGGGGAUGUGCGUGCGAAGCGUGUUUAUGGACGAGAAGGAAGACGCCUGCAUAGCGCUGGGAGAAAUGGCCGCCAGCAUCAGUAUGCCCUUCCUGCCUUACAUAGAGACCUCGUUCCAAGAAGUGUCCCACUUAUUGCCGUGCCCCCACAUUCGGGUACGGAAAGCUGCGUUCGAAGCCCUGGGACAGUUCAUCAUUUCGUUGCAUCGGGUGUGCAAGCAGGAGCCAUCGGAAGCUCAUGUAGCGGCCUUUCAGAAGCUGGUCUCCACCCUGCUGCCCGUCUACCUGAAAGGGGCACAGGAGGACCACGAGCGCGAGGUGGUGAUGGCCGUCCUGGAGAUCCUGGCCAAAGUGGUGAAGGAGUGUAAGAGGGACGUCCUACCGGAGCCGACCCAGCUGACCGACCUCUGCCGGGUGGUACGGGAGGUGCUGGAACAGAAAGUAGCCUGUCAGGACAAUGACGACGAUGAAGAUGAUGACGAUGAACAGGCGGAAUACGACUGCAUGCUGAUCGAGUAUGCCGGGGAGUUGAUCCCCGUCCUCGCCGAAGCGACCGGAGGGGAGAUCUUCGCUCCUUACUUUGCCGGCUUCUUGCCGCUACUCCUCAACAAGAUGAAACCAUCCUGUUCCACCGCGGACAAGUCCUUUGCCGUGGGCGUCAUUGCAGAGACGGUCCAGGGCCUGGGAGGGGCCUCCAGCUCAUUUGUACCCCACCUGCUGCCAUUGCUGAUGGGGGCGGCCCGCGACGAAGACCAGGAAGUGCGCAGCAAUGCCGUUUUUGGGCUGGGCGUCCUGGCUGAGCACGGCAGGGAAGCCAUGUACGAACACUACCCCAAAAUUCUGGCACUUUUAUCCAAUCUCAUUUCUCAAGAGCAAAAUAACCGAGUAACCGACAACGUGUGUGGCGCUGUUGCGAGGAUGCUAAUGACCAAUCCUGGAGGAAUGCCCGUUGAACAGGUCUUCCCUGUCCUGCUUCGCGCCCUGCCGCUGAGGGAGGACUUCGAGGAAUACAAGACGGUUUACCGUUGCAUCUCCUUUAUCUACGAAAAUGACCCGUCACAGGUAUUGCAACAGAUUCCGGAGAUCGUGAGAAGCAGUGGGCCUAUCCUGGGUUGCAAACAUCUUCCCACAGAAGCCAGGAGCCUCCUCCUUAUGUUGCUGGGCAAUCUCUCCGCCCGUUGCCCCACCGAGUUUCAGACAGCCGUCCUGGCACACCCUCCAGAAGUCGGCACGUCAAUCCACGCGGCCAUCAGCUCCGCUUAAAACAGCCAGGAAGGGGCGCUGUCGUCCAAACUUUUGAGGACUUUCGAAACCGGCCGUUAUACAAAGCACCACGCGGGAGGGUUUUUUUGCAUCUUCAUCUUUGGACCUCACUCCCGAUCCACAACACAAAAAUCCGGGCGUGGUUUGUGCUGCUUUGAUUUCAGUAUUGUUUCAUCUUUUUUUCACAGUUAAGCUUUCUUUUUCCUGCCUUUCUUUCUCUCCUCCUUUCUCCCCCCCCCCCAACCCAACAAAGGCGUUUUUGUCUGCUGAAAAUCCCGCUCGAUAACUCGAAGUUGUUUGCAACGUUCGCUCAAUGCUGCUUAACGGGAUUUGAAAUAUCUGGAUUUCCUUCGCCGUUUUCCCUCCAACGAUCGCGCCACUCUUAAGGCACACGUUUUGUGAUCCACGCAGCGAGAUUUGCAGUGCGACAUUUUUAUAUCUAACUAGAUUUUUUAAAAAUAUCUAAUUAGAUAUUUUUUUACUUGCGAGGAAAUUAGCUUUUUCAAACACCCCGAGGCUUCGAAACGGGCACGUUAGCCAAAUGGGAAAUGGCAGAAAUGCAGAAACAUUUGUGUCUCAUUUGUCCAUUUCCAGGAAGGCCAAAAAAAAAAAAAAAUGUGCCGAGUUUGUCAACACAACCGCAACACAAUUUGUAAUCUCGGUGUCAUCUGCCGAAGCCAAAACAAAUGAGUGAUUCUUGCUGCGGUUGAGAUGCCGGCUUGAUCGUUCUGUGCCAGCGUUAGCGGGGCAUUCGCACCCUAUUGCAAGAACGCAGCUCCACAAACUUGUGUCUUGGCGCGCAACCGAGGAGUUCUUCCACCACGGUCUUUUUUCCUCCACGGUGAUCACAACUGUUCUUAUUAAUUUUUUGCCUGUUGCCAAAAAAAAAAAAAAUGCUGAGAAUUUUGCCGUUGUUUGGCUUUCGGGAUGGCUCCGGGGAAGCUUUCCUGGACUGGCCCCAUGUUGUGGUUUCGCAAGGGGCCAGAUUUUGUGUGCACAAAGUUCACGGUUCUUGAACGAGAGGUUCUUCUCCUUUUUUUUCCGCUGAAUGUGGUUUCUCUACGUAGUUUUUUCCCCCCAGUUGGAUUUCUGCCACAAAGCAACGGUACUCUUCCUCCGUCGUUCGUAUUUAAGAUUUUUAAACUUUCUGGUUUGGUCUUUUCUUGGAACAGAAGAUUAAAAGUAUACUGUAUGCAGUACCUUAUAAUAAAAUGAAAUCAAUUAAAUUGUUUGUUACGAU